CGAUAUGCAUAAAAUUAAAACCAAACAAGUUUGAAUUUUAUAAUUGAUCAAGAUGGCACUUCGGAGAGAAUUAAAUUUUGUUUUGGUUGCGUUUCUCGUACAAUUAUUCGGUUCAGCCCUAACCCAGGAGCUUGCCUGUUCGAGUACGCACAGCGGAAAUGUGUACUCGUUUACGGUGAACGCGUCCUCGCCAAUAGGAAACAUAAACUUGAUGUACGUCCAGCAUGACGGGGUGCGACAAAUCCCUCUCUCGACGACCGUUCUCCACAACGCGCUCAACAUGCAGGUCCACGCCGAAAGGCAAGACGACUUUCGAAAACACACCUGCGCGGUCAUCGUUAAUCAGCAGACGGCGUGCAGUACGACGUACAAAAUGACGCCGGCGCAAGAGUCUGCCAGUAGUAGGACCGCUUUUGACCGUGGACACCUUACUCCGGCGAAUCCUAACCGAUUUUCGGCUCAGGCAGUGAGCAAUACGUUCUUUUGUGUAAAUAUUGCACCUCAGGAUCCCUUCACUAAUCAGAAUCCUUGGUUCACCGUGGAGGACAAGUCGCAUCGAUAUUUCGCUUCAAAGGACGGUUACGUUAUGACUGGAGUGUGCGACGCUAACGACCGCUUCAGCCCAACCCUAGAUGGCUACAAGGUUCCCAGCUGUUGGUGGAAGCUGAUCUGUUACGUUGACACGGCAGGAACCACGCAGGUCGUCGGCUUCAUCGGAAACAAUACUUUGAUCGACUUUGCAGGAAGUCCGAGCGGCGAAAAAGCAGUUCGAGUCGUGGAUACGACAACUCCUCGCGGACAGCAGGAGAUUUUGGACGUCAUGACCCGCGACACGUUCAUCAUGGACGCGUGGACCGGCGCAGAAACGUACUUGAGGAGAAAUCGGGGCAUUGUGAAUACACCGACCGCAGCUAAUUGUCGAUCGAAGAGAACAAUCUCGGCAGCGGUUAAGAACGAGUGGAGCAGUGUGAUGAGAGAGGGCGUUUUGGAGCAUAAGUAUACAUCCGACGUCGAUUUGGAAGCUGUCAAAGCGUUGUGGGGAAAUUAGUUUGGGUGGGAGUAUUAAAUUCUCUCCAUAAUAAUUUAGAAGAUUAAUUUUUAAGUUAGUUCUUUAAACGUUCCUGAUUAGAUUAGUUAUUUGAAAUAAACACGAAAAGUACGUUACGCACAUUUGCAAA